AGGGUAUAUACCAGUGGUUCUUAACCUGGGUUCGAUCGAACCCUAGGUGUUCGGUGAGUCGGCCUCAGGGGUUCGGCGGAGGUCAAAACACCCGACUCAUCGUGUAAAUACAAACUUCUCCCUGUCGGCGUAUUACGGAUACGGCAACAGCUGACUGGUUUGCAGUUUCAGUUGGGGUGCCUCAAAUUCCCCAAUCCCACCUCCUCUAGUUCCACUGGGCUGUGAGACAUUGUCCCUGCGAUGUGUCCGAAAAUGGAUGUCCGACUCUGAAUCCCUCCUGGAUGAUCUCUCCAAGUGCCAUAGAGAUCCUGGAGAAGGAGUCUAAUGUGCAGGAAGUGAGAUGCCCAGUGACAGUCUGUGGAGAUGUUCACGGUCAGUUUUAUGACCUCAUGGAGCUUUUUAAGAUAGGCGGGACACCCCCAGACACCAACUAUCUCUUCAUGGGAGACUAUGUUGACAGAGGCUAUUACUCAGUGGAGACAGUGACACUCCUGGUUUGUCUGAAGGUCAGGUUUCGUGAAAGAAUCACCCUUCUGAGAGGGAACCAUGAGAGCAGACAGAUCACAUACGUGUACGGCUUCUAUGACGAGUGCCUGAUGAAAUAUGGAAACGUCAACGUUUGGAAGUACUUUACGGAUCUUUUCGAUUAUCUGCCCCUGACUGCGCUGGUAGACAACCGGAUUCUGUGCCUACAUGGAGGAUUGUCUCCUUCAACAGUCACCCUGGAACACAUCCGAGACCUGGAUCGCAUGCAGGAGGUUCCUCACGAGGGUCCAAUGUGUGACUUGCUAUGGUCCGAUCCAGAUGACCACUAUGGAUGGGGCGUCUCUCUCCGUGGCGCUGGUUUCACCUUCGGCCAGGACAUCUCAGAGACUUUCAACCACGCCAAUGACCUCAGUGUGAUUUGUCGAGCCCACCAGCUGGAGAUGGAGGGCUUCAGCUGGCACCAUGACAAAAACGUUGUGACGAUCUUCAGCGCACCGAAUUAUUGUUAUCGCUGUGGCAACAAGGCGGCGAUCAUGGAACUUGAAAACACACUGAAAUGCUCCUUCCAACAGUUUGAUCCCGCCCCCCGCAAAGCAGCGCACCAAGUGUCGUGGCGAUCUCCGGACUACUUCCUUUGAAGAUCUAAAGCUGGUGGCUACACACAUCAACUGGGGAUCCAGCACUGAAAACAAUCUGAUUGGCAAAACAAAUGGGAGGAGCAAUCAGAAAUCGUUUCUGUUUGUGCGGUAUUUACUUUUCAGUCACACAGUAUAUUAUUGCAAUGCUUGUUGCCAACAAUAGCAAUAUUCAGUACAUUCUGUUUUGCAGGCACAAAUACACUAAGUGGAAGACAAAAGCUUCAUCAAUAAAUAUUUUGUCUAUUGUGUUAAAAUAACUGCUAAUAUAAAUAAAACUGCUCUAAAUGG